AUGAAUGACCUAUUUUCAAACUCGUUUAAGAAGCACUCAGAAUUUGAUCAACAAGGUUUCAAAUACGAUGUGGAAUCCGGUACAGGAGGUAUGAACCUUGACAAGUUCUUCGACGAUGUGGAGAGGGUAAAGGAAGACAUGAGGGAGGUGGAGAGGCUUUACAAGAGGCUCCAAGACUCGAACGAAGAAAGUAGGGUUGUCCACAAUGCCAAGACCAUGAAGGAGAUUCGUGCACGGAUGGACUCAGAUGUGGCUUUAGUACUUAAAAAGGUGAAGAUCGUCAAGGGUAAACUUGAAGCCCUAAACAAAUCUAAUGCACAAGCUCGUAACGUGCCUGGUUGUGGACCGGGUUCCUCAGCUGAUAGGACCCGAACAUCGGUGGUAAGCGGCCUAGGGAAGAAGCUUAAGGAUAUGAUGGAUAACUUUCAAGCCCUAAGAGGGAAAAUGCAAUCUGAGUACAAAGAAACUAUGGAAAGAAGGUACUUUACUAUAACCGGAGAGAAGGCAGAUGAGAAAAUGAUUGAGAACCUAAUCGAGAGUGGAGAGAGUGAAAACUUCCUCCAAAAGGCAAUACAAGAUCAAGGGAGAGGGCAGAUACUAGACACAAUAUCGGAGCUCCAAGAAAGGCAUGAUGCUGUGAAGGAGAUUGAAAAGAAUUUGAUUGAACUUCACCAAGUCUUUCUUGACAUGGCUACUUUAGUUGAGGCUCAGGGACAACAACUUAAUAACAUCGAGAGCCACGUUGCUCAUGCAAGCUCCUUCGUGAGGCGUGGAACUGAUGAACUUGUGGAGGCAAGAGAACAACAAAAGAGCUCAAGGAAGUGGUACUGCAUUGCCAUUGUGGCUGGGAUUGUGCUUAUAUUUGUCCUUGUUUUUCCUUUGUUUAUCAAUGUUAUUUUGCCUCAUUUAGUUUAAUAAAGGAAGAUGGGAAGUAAGGGACAAAUUUAAGGAAAGCAAAAAGGCACAAACUACUAGAUUUUGUACAUCAAUUCUUAGGGAUGAACAUUUUUGGAUCGUUACCUUGUUAAGUUGGUAGUGAUGAGUUUCAAAAUUUUAAGUUUGUUACAAAAUUUAGAAUGACAUUUCAUGUAUGAUAUACACAAUUGUACUUUUAUCUUUCUAGGGUAGUUCAAAACUAUAAGAUGUUUAUAAUUGAUCUUGAAAGUUAUGUAUACCUUGUAUAUCAUAACCUCUUGUAUAUAAGCUAUAAAUCGAUUUCAUUUUAUAUGAGCUUUUUUGACAUCGAGGAAAGUGUUAUGACAGAUGAAAGAAUGAUAGAUGAAAAACAACAAAAACACACUAUGUAUCUAAAGGAACAUAGAAUCAAAUACUCGUAGCUAAUAACAAUGUAACACUCCCAUAAUGAGUCAUUUACAAGGG